UCCAAAUAAUUGUUUGCAUCUGUUCUUCCUGCAGUCUCUGUCUCAGCGCUACCAGAGGCGGAUUUCAUCAGCCGUGAGAGAUGAAGUGUCCCGUGUUUUGCCCUCACUAGUGAUGGAGGACAGGGCUUCACCUCGCCCCAAAGUUGCCGCUCAUGUCACGGGAAGUUUUGUGCCCAAACUGGAGCGAGACGGAGGAGAUGCAGUUCCUGCAGGGCGACGCGUUCAGGGCCAGAAGAUUUCUUGGUGGGAGGGUCAGAAGGGGCUGGCCUUCCUGCAGGACGUCCAGCUGCUGGAUGGGGAGCUGGUGGUGUCGCAGCCUGGCCUCUACUACGUCUACGCCCAGACGUACUUCAGGCACACCCACUCCCUGGAGGAGAAUGGCGAGGAGGCGGAGGAUCGGGGGAAACCCCUGCUGCAGUACGUCUACAAAAAGGUGAACUCCUACCCGGUUCCCAUCCUGCUGAUGAAGACCAGCCGGACCUCCUGCUGGUCCCGCGGUUCCGACUUCUCUCUGCACUCCGCCCACCAGGGGGUGUUCCCGCUCACCACCGGCGACCGCCUGUUCGUGACUGUGACCAACGCCUCUGCUGUGGACAUGGACGAGAAGAGCAGCUUCUUCGGAGCGUUUCUCAUCAGUUAGAGGGCCGAUCGACGCCGAUCGACGCCGAUCGAGGUUUUGUUAAAAUCGAUCAAACUGCUGCAAGCGUCAGACUCUCCUGAGGAAAUUCCUCUUUUGUCUUACGGGAUCAAAAACUGAACAAAACUUUGAUGACACUGGUUGGCAGAAGAGACCAAACACGAUAGUUUGGAUUGUG